AUGUACGCGGCGCCUAGCGCACACGCGGACUGAUUUUAAUAUAUAAGGAGGGAACUUGCGACACCGUUAACACAUUCAGACUACAACCUGUACAGGAAGUCACUUGUUUCCGUUGUCAUCUUUGCAAUCCACGAAGAUGCUCCUCGCUUUGGUAUGCGGUGCUUCGCUGCUUCUGCAAGUGAUAGCAGCCGGUCCAUUCGUCAACAAUCAGAACAAAGUUCAAGUCGUUCGAUAUGACUUAGAUACAGACAAUUUACCAAAUUCAUAUAAAUUUCAUUACGACGCCAGUGACGGCUCAUCUCGUACUGAGGAGGGGGCCAUACAGAACCUCGGGACGAACGACGCAGCCCUCGACGUCCACGGUGCUGUACGCUGGUACAACAGCAAAGGUCAACUCUACGAGAUGAUCUACAAAGCUGGCAAAAGAGGCUACAGAACAAUCAUCAAGAAAGUUUCAUAAGACAAACGAUUGAACAUAUUGAGAUUGAAUGAGAUUUCGAAAGACUGUAUUGUAAUUUAUUGUUUUAGUCUGUUUAUUUAAACGCUAUCAAAAAACAAAACAUUGGUAACCUUUUAAUGACAAUGACAUUGUAAAAUUCAAAUGAGAUCUUAUUUUUAGAAUAGAAUAAGCUAAUCAUGUUUAAAUAAUCUAUAUAUUAAUACGUGAAGCAAAAACUUUGUAUUCCUU